UUUUCGCCAAGUAAAAAAAGCCUCUUUCAUCCUCUAAUGUGAGAGUUUAAUAUCUCUUUGAUCGUUUUCUUCAUAUAAAUUAAUAUCAACAACAACAACAACAACAAUAAAAAAUAAAUAUAAGGAAUUGAUCUUAUCGUAGCCGAUCUUGAAAUACCGCCGUGCUUUGCGUUCCGCCGUCUUCUUCUCGCUGUUAACGUAUAUACGCAGCCUUUUUUCAACUCAACAAGAACUAAAUUUAAAUACAUACUCUCUGCUCGCUUUCUUUUUUUGGACACGAUGCCAGACAACGCGAGCUCCGAAAAGGAGAAGCAUAUGAAGCAGUUGAAGAGAAAAAUGGAGUGCUGGCGCGAAGUUGUUCUUCCAUUAAACUCUAUUUUGUUAUGGGAAAGACCUUGGUAUCCUGCAUUGAUUCUCGGUCUUACUACAACUGCAUUUUGUAUGAUUUGGAUGUUGGAACCAGCAUUACUCACAUUAAUAUCUUUAUCUUUGCUUGUAUUGGCUCUUGUCGAUUACUUUGUCCCAACUAUCAUUUCUAUUUUUUGUACGGCUGAUAGUUGGACAGGACAAAAAGAAAAGAAAUUAAAUGAAAUUUGUCAUAAUCUAUCUGAGGCAAUUCUUCAAUUACAAAGUUUAUGGAUAUCCAUUGUUACUAUGCGUAACAGUCGUCCUAACUUCUAUUAUGGAAUAAUUAUCAUCUUUCUGGUGCUUUUUGCAUGGCUUGGAAAUACAAUCAAUAAUCUUCUUUUAUCUUAUAUAGCAGUUAAUGCUAUCUUACUUACCCCGGGAUUCAAAUACAAGGGAAGAGCGCGAUCCGCUGUGAAAUAUAUUCACAAUUAUUUAAUUCAAGAAAAAUUAUCAUAAAACAUUGGUCUCUGUGCAUGUAUUAUUUAUUCUUCAUUCUCUUCAUACACUUCGUUUGAUGCAAUUAAAUUAGUGUUAUUUAUAAUGUACAUGCUAUCUAAUACUAUAUCGCAAUGGUUUAUACACAUUUAACAUUACUUUUUAAAGGAGAAACCAAAGCUCUCUGCUUUCUAAAAUAUUAUAAUGGACACUUUCCAUUUAUUGAUACAAAUUAAUAUUAAGUGACUGAAAGUAACAUAAAUGGAAAAUAUCCUAUAUAUAUGACAGUGUUGUUUAUUUUUUUUUUUUUUAUACAGUAUUGUAUUGUGAUCUGUUCAAAACACUUUAUUUUAUAACACAUCUAGAUGUAAAAGUUUGUUCAAUACCUCUUAUGGUAAUAAAACAAUUAUUAUACCUUC